ACACACUCCUGAUUCGCUCAAUGAUCAAGCGUUAUCUACCUGAUAGCUGACUUAUCUUUAAAUCAAUGUCACAAAGUGAGUACUGCCUUGAAGGUUAAACUAUAGAAGUAAAAAGUGACUUAUUAACUGCAGAACCUACUGUAGCCUGCAGUUGGACUUCUAGUGCAGCGAGAAGUCCCUCCCACAGGAAACACAGGGUUAGGGUUAGGUUUCACUAGAGGAGGUGGCAAGAAACAAACAAGUCCACAAGUAACAAACUGGGUUACUGUCUCUUGCAGUCAUGAAGUCCUCCUCCCUCCUCCUACUUGCCUUCCUGGGUGUGUGUGGUGUUCAAGGGGCUUCGGGUUUUAGAAUCUGUGCCUUCAACCUCCAUCACUUUGGGGAUUCCAAGAGCAAGAAGAGCAAUGUCAUGCAUACUCUUGCCAGGAUCAUCGCUCGCUGUGACGUGUGUUUGCUCCAGGAAGUGAGAGACAAUAAAGAAAAGGCUUUACCACAGCUGCUUCACCGCCUGAACAGUUAUGACCCCGAACAUGAGUAUGAAGCUUUGGCCAGUGAGCGGCUGGGCAGGUCAGCCUCGUACCAGGAGCAGUAUGUGUUUGUUUACAGGACUGAUACAGUGACAGUCACUGGCCAUUAUCAGUACCCAGAUAAUCGACCAGGAGAUGUUGACGCGUUCUCCAGAGAGCCUUUUGUUGUCCGCUUCAAAGCCCCCAAUACAGAUAUAAAGGAGUUUGUCCUCAUACCUCAGCACACCACUCCAGCCAACACCACUAAAGAGCUUGAUGCACUGUAUGACGUUUUACAACAUGUGAGGACGAUGUGGAAAACUGAGAAUGUGAUGCUUCUUGGGGACUUUAACGCUGACUGCGGAUACCUUGCUAAGAAGAACAGGAAGAAUGUGCGCCUGAUUACAGAGAAGAACCUCUUUUGGCUCAUUCCAGAAAAGACUGACACCACUGUGCGGUCGACCACCUCCUGCACCUAUGACAGGAUCGUGGUGCAUGGAGAAAGGUUCGCCAGAGCGAUCGUGCCGUUAUCAGCCAGCCCAUUUAACUUCCAAAGGGAAUACCGACUCUCAGAGGAUCAGGCGCUGGAGGUUAGUGACCAUUACCCAGUGGAGGUCCUGCUGAAGAACGUUGCAAACAAGUUCUCCCUCACGUUCCUUCCUCUCUUUGUUCUCAGCCAAUUUGUCUUCCAAAUGUUAACAUAAGUAGUUUAAUAGUGAACCAAUUCUGGAUUGUUGGCAUCUCAGUCUAAAGACAAUCUCUGGAAGGCUUACUUCAUGGAACUGAUGAGAAUUUCAUGAUUCUCCAACGUGUGAAGUCCAACGUUUCAAAUAUCACUGAUAACACAGCACAGGAUGGCUCCCGAAAAACCACAGAUGACAUUCAACAUUAUGUAGUUCACCAUUUUGCACAAACAUAUCUCCCUGUGUGUCUGCGAGGGAGUAUGAUUCAAGUUUAAGAAUCUUCCCUGCACUGCACAGUCCGCUGGUAGAUGUGGAAAUGUUGAAAACAUUUCUUCCACUUAUUGUAGUUUGCUUCUUCAUUUAAGGAAAGUGGUACCCAUUCAUUAAUCCCCUCAAAUCGAUCUAAGGCAGAGAGGAUCAGGCUGCUCCAGAAUACUGAAGCUGACUUUCUACAAACUGGAUGAUAUCUGAAUAUUAUCAUUAUUCUGUAAAAUACAUUUGAGGAAUAUCAAAGAUGAUGCAACAUCUGCAUCUAAGUGACUCACAGUAAGACUGUCAAGGGAAAGAGGUGAUUGAUGGAUGUAGUUCAAGAUCAUGAAUCAUUAAGCUGAGCAAACAAAAAUGUCAUUUAACAGUACAAAUGGAGGCACUGAAAUGAUUACAUUGAGCACAUAAAUGACUAAUGUGAUAGUAUCGUUUAUCAAAUCAUUUCUCUGUAAAACGUUGCUAAAAUAUACAGAGAAAAAGGUGAGGUGGUUGCCAGUAUUAUUCAAUGUUGAUGCCUUAUAUACAAGAUAUGCACAUACAUUAUUGGAGAUUUUCACUUUGGUUCACUUUGCACUGUUGGAAGAGUACGGACACUCCAUCAUUGAGACUGUGGAUCGAUGCAAAUUCUGUCUAAUAACUACAUGAAAUGUGUUUGUAUUUUCUUCCUCUCUUUCUUAUUCCCUCCCGUUUGUUUUAUAUGUUUUCUUAUUCUCUCAUUCUCUGUUUGAAGUUCUGUUUUCUCCCCUUUCUUCCUUAAAUGAUCACUGUACAUUUUUAAAUUGAACACAAAUAAACCUGCUGUAUAAUACUGAGGAACUGGGCGUACAGUGAAAAGGGAUGGAAGCAGAUAUUUCACAGUCCUGAAGACCGAAUAUAUGUCUGCGUGUGCGUGAUGCACUGUUAAAAAAAAAAAAAUACUAUUAUAGAUUAUGAUCCAUACAAAAAUAUGAACUUUACUAACUUAAAUCUCUAGCUGCAAAUUAAAGUCCUGUUAUCUUAUUUAUUUAGUUGUGAAAUGCAGGAAAAAACACAUAAAUGGGGAGUGAACAUAAUAUCCAGCUGAUUCCCAGCAUGCAUUGUAUUCUUUUAAAAUUCCUCUCGAAAGCCAACCUGUUUCUAAUAUGAAGACAGUAACAGUCACUUCAGUGCGAAUAAUAAUAGAGGAGGCGGGGCGGGGGGGGGGGGGCGUACAUUUGUCCUCAGCUGACUUGCAUUUUUGUUUUCUCUGUCUCUGGAAAAAAGAAAGAUACUUAACCCUACUAUAAGUAACUAUUUCUAACCUUACCAUCCUCAGUAAAAUAACUGUAUCUGUGUCUUGUAACUAACACUAUACUGUUCCCCUUUAGCGCCAUUUUUCAAUGUGCAGGCCUUACUGUUACAUAAACGUGUGUGUUCUUCGCUUGUGUUGAACACUUUUUGAUAUAAUAGGCCCUUGGGAGAGUCUCACCCUCCCUAAGCCUUUGACAAUGUUCCAUCCAAAGUUAGUCAGUUAUUUUCUUAAAUGUUGCAUUAUUUGUUCAUCUUUUCAAUACUUUGUACAAGUGAAAGAUUUGAAUGAGAAAAUGUUUUCCACUAGUUGCAGAUGUGAAAGCUCAAAUAAAUGCACAAUGUGA